AUGGGCGACCUCGAGCAGUAUUCUUCGUGUCAAGCCGGAAAAGUUCAUCAAAUCAAGGCUGUCAUUUUUGAUUUGGACGGAACCCUUUUGAAUUCAGAGCAAUUUACUGAGGGAGUCGUUAAGGAAUUUCUCGCAAGAUAUGGGAAGGUUUACGAUAUGGAGAAGGAGAGUAAAAGAAGAGGAAUGCUAUGGAAGGAGACGGUUCUGACCACCAUUGAAGACUAUGAUCUUCCACUCACAUUUGAACAAUAUGUUGAAGGCAUUAUGCCUCUCUAUCUGGGAACGUGGCAGAAAACUAAACCCCUUCCAGGGGCUACCCGACUCAUGAAACAUCUCCAUAAGCACGGCGUGCCAUUUGGACUUGCUUCCAAUGCUGAAAGGAUGACAAUACAUAACAAGGUCAAUCACCAAGGGUGGAAAGAUUAUUUUAGGGUAAUCCUUGGAAGUGAUCAGGUCAAAUCAGGGAAACCAGCACCUGACAUAUACCUUGAAGCUGCAAAGCAGAUGGGUGUUGAGCCAGUUUAUUGCCUUGUGAUAGAAGAUUCCCUUGUCGGUGUUAGAGCAGGAAAAGCUGCUGGAAUGAAUGUUGUAGCUGUUCCAUCACUGCUGAAUGAAAGAGAGAAAUUCUAUAUAGCUGAUUCUGUGAUUAAUUCUCUUUUGGAAUUCCAACCAGAUGUUUGGGGUCUUCCAGCAUUUAAAGAUUGGGUUUGCAAUGCUUUGCCUAUUGAACCCAUUUAUGUCAGAGGAGUUCAUAGCAAUGGGCUUCUUCAUGAGCAUUCAGAGGGUGGACCAUAUCUUCCUAUUCAACUACAAGGUCUUUACUUUGGUUGGGCAAGAAGAAAUCAUGAUCAACAGAUUGUCAAGUUCCUGACAAGCAUUGAAUGGGAGCACAAAAAAUCUCAUUUCAGGAAAAGAAUGCAAGCAUGUGUGAUCAACGACAACAGUGAAAAUGCGCCUGACCAGGAACUGGAGCUAUUGCUUGUUGGGUAUAUCAGAGGAUCUAAAUCUGACGACAUGGGCAAAGAAAGCAAUCUUGAAAUACAAGACGAGGACAAGUUGAUCGCCAAUGCAGCUUUGGAUUCGUCUGAGUAUUCCGGUGGCUCCUGCAGAUCAUUCUUUCCAGAACUUGCAUUUCUAGACAACAGUUCUGCUACAGAAUAG